GUAAGAAAGGCGGUGGGUAAAUAAAGCCCUAUAAAUAGUAAAUCGGAUCCUUCUAAACCCUAAGAGUGCAACAAUGAUAUUCACCUAGAAUGCAACAAUCCAGAGACGUUUCGGACGGUUUCGAGAUGGUUUCUCCUUUGAUAGCCGGACUCUCAGUGGCAGCGGUUGCUUAUGCGGGGAGAUACAGUCUUCGGGCUUGGCAGGCGUUUAAGGCAAGACCACCAACGCUUAGAACACGAAGAUUUUAUGAAGGCGGAUUUCAACCUAAUAUGACGAGGAGAGAAGCCGCUCUGAUUUUGGGAGUAAGAGAAAGUACUCCAGCAGAAAAGAUUAAGGAAGCACACAGGAGGGUGAUGGUUGCAAACCAUCCAGAUGCCGGUGGAAGCCAUUACCUUGCAUCGAAAAUUAAUGAAGCAAAAGAUAUGAUGCUAAGAAGAACCAAGGGUGGUAGUAGUUCUGCUUUUUGAAGGAGUUGAGUUUUACAAUUGUUAACUACAAGAGUAUCAUCUCUUACCUACAUUGUCCAUUACUGGCGAAAAUAUAUCAUGCCAAUACCCUAGAGCAAAAUAAAGAGAGCAUAGAUGUAUGUUCAAAUCAUUUUUUUAUCCAAUAGUUGUAGACUAUAUGGAGAAACUAUUAAGUUUUAUAUGAAUUGUCAAAAUACGUUUUUGA